AUUCCCAGCCGCAGCGGAGGGUAAAUCCGCUUCAGGUAGGAGAGGAGCUAUUACUGACUGGACGACCUUGGGUAAUUACAUAGUCUGUCUGAGCCUCAGUUUGAGAAUCUACAAAAUGGAUUGAUAACAACUUCAUCACAAGGCUGUGGUGAAAAUCAAAUGUGAUAAAGGCUGUGAGAAGGCAUGCUGGUCCUGAGGACAUGGGGACCACGAUCAAUGGAGAUGUGUUUCAGGAGGCUAAUGGCCCCGCUGACGGCUAUGCUGCCAUUGCCCAGGCCGACCGGCUGACACAGGAGCCCGAGAGCAUCCGCAAAUGGAGAGAGGAGCAGAGGAAACGGCUGCAAGAGCUGGAUGCUGCCUCCAAGGUGACCGAACAGGAGUGGCGGGAGAAGGCCAAGAAGGACCUGGAGGAGUGGAACCAGCGCCAGAGUGAACAAGUGGAAAAGAACAAGAUCAGCAACCGGAUCGCUGACAAAGCAUUCUACCAGCAGCCAGAUGCUGAUAUCAUCGGCUACGUGGCAUCUGAGGAGGCUUUCGUGAAGGAAUCCAAGGAGGAAACCGCAGGCACAGAGUGGGAGAAAGUGGCCCAGCUGUGUGACUUCAACCCCAAGAGCAGCAAACAGUGCAAAGACGUGUCCCGCCUGCGUUCUGUGCUCAUGUCCCUGAAGCAGACACCGCUGUCCCGCUAGGUGCCGGCCACAGGCAUGGCCACGGAGCACGGGCAGGGGCAGGAGAGGAGCUGCUUCGGGCAGGAGGGUGGAAGGCCUCCGGCAGCUGCUCCACACAGCCUCCUCCCUUCCUCCCCCUCUCCCAGGCUGGGAAGGGAACACUCGCCCCUCCCACCCUCCUUCCUUCUGAAGUCCCAGCCUCUCACACCGCGUCUAAGUCCACAAAAUUGUGACUGUCCCUCUGAUGUACUUUUUUCUUGACUUAAAGGGUGUGUUGUUAAUUCUU